GUUAUUUCUCGUUUCCCGUGUAAUUAUAAUGUUGUGUAUGGAGGUGAGAUGUUUGUUGUGAUAUAUGAAUGAUAAAACGAUAACAAAAUUGAUAAGAUUACGCCGCCAAUGUUUGUUUACUACCGGUGGAUAUUUACGAAAAUUUAAAUCGCCGAGAAGCCGAUUUAUCCACCUAUAAUUACAGGCCGCACCAUCGAGGAAAUGAAACACGAGAAGAACAUGCCCCUUGUGCUGCUCCUAAUGAUCUGCUAUGCAACAGCGCAAGAGAUCAGCGUUCAAGAUAACCCUCUUACGAAUUACGACGCCAUAUCUUCUUCCACAACGAGCAGAUACCCGGACGUUAAUCCUUACGCGCAGCCUUCCAAUCCGGAUAACCCUUAUAAUCCCCUAGACAAUCAGGGCAAUCGAAACGAUAUUUACGGCCAGAAUCCUUACGUUCAACCGGACACUUUCGAUCGCGGUAAAAAUGAUUACGACUACAACAAUCAGAACCAAUAUCCCGGCGGAGGGUGGAGGAAUAACGUGUUCAAUAACGAUAGAAGGCCUGUGGAUAGCCACACAACUAUUAUUAAAGAAGCAACUUACUUCAUUGUGGCGUCGAGAAUGGUGAGGCCCGGACAAUUGUACAGAGUCUCGGCAACUGUUAUUAAAGAAACACAGCCUCUGACUGUCAGGGCUUCGAUACAAAGAAACGGAGUGGAAGUGUCUGCGGACCACAAGAAAGCCAAGGAAGGCAUACCCGAAACCCUUCUAAUGAGGGUGCCUAGUACAAGUGCUCCCGGUGAAUACAAAUUACGAGUAGAAGGAUUGUACGAGGACGUUCUAGGAGGUGCUCAAUUCGUCAACGAAACUGUACUGACCUUUUCCCAAAGAUCCAUGACCAUAUUCAUCCAAUUGGAGAAGCCUAUUUACAUGCAAGGCGAAACCGUGCGCUUUCGAACCAUACCUAUAAACACGGAGCUAAAAGCCUUCGAUGACGCCGUGGACGUUUACAUGCUGGAUCCCAGCGGGUAUAUUUUGAAACGUUGGCUCUCCAGACAAUCGAAUUUAGGUACAGUCAGCUUAGACUAUCAACUCUCAGAUCAACCGGUGUUCGGCGAAUGGAAAAUUCGAGUUAUCGCCCAGGGGCAGGUCGAGGAAUCGACGUUUUUAGUUGAAGAAUACUACCAAACGCGGUUUGAGGUGAACGUGACAAUGCCGGGAUUCUUCUUGAACACCGAACAAUAUAUCUACGGAACGGUCAUGGCGAAUUACACUAGCGGGGCUCCGGUGCACGGGAAUUUAACCCUAAAAGCGACCGUAAGGCCUAUUAGACCGAUCGAUCCGGAUCGUUUCUUGAAGAAGCACCGAAAGCGACCGAAGAAUUACGAUUAUCAAAAUCGCUACGAUCAAAACCGGCCUCACGACAUUAACAAUCAACCGUACGAACCUCUGUUCGAUAACUUCGACAGCGAUUAUAAUUACAACAGGCCUCUCGUUGAGAAGUAUUUCAAUUUCGAGGAGGAGCUGCCGUUUUGGAUCAAACGCCCGUGGGAUUAUUACGAGCCCAUUCCCAGCAUGAAAAACUUUGCAGGAGUGUACGAGUUCAAAUACCCGAUUCAAGAGUUAUUACAUUACGUACCGACUUUAGAUGGCGUGGAAGUCGUUAUAACAGCAACAGUGGGUGAUCCGUUCCUCGAGGAAGUCAUCGAAGGUUUUUCCACGGCGAGAAUCUUCAAUUCCAGCAUAAAAUUAUCGUUUCUGGGGGGCUCCCCGCAGGUGUUUAAACCCGGAAUGCCCAUAACGACAUACGUCGUGGCCUGUUACCAAGACGGAUCUCCGUUGGAAAAUACGAUACUUUCUAACAGCGCACUGGAAGUUUACACCUCGGUCGAUAUGAGAGGAGCUGGUUCCAGGGAGGUUCCUCCUCACAUCUUGUACCAAUCGGACGCGAAUCCCGGCGUGUGGGAGUACAAAGUGGAUUUGAAAAGGGAUUUGGGAGUGAGCGGGCCGAGGGCGUACGAAGAACUUAGUAGAAUGCAUACUAUUAAAAUCAGAGCUGUAUUUAAAGACGGCUAUAGUGGACAAAGAGCUACUGCAGAACUGGACAUGUUAGCUCAUUACAGUGCAACAGACCAACAUAUUAAAGUCAUAACGAGUACAGUAGACCCGAAGGUGGGCGAAUAUAUGAUAUUCCACAUCAGAAGUAACUAUUACAUCGAGAAAUUCAGCUACCUCAUUAUAUCGAAGGGUAUCGUUUUGUUAACCGGAGACCAAGAUAUGGGCGAUUACGUCAGCACGAUGGCCAUAGCUUUGAGCGCCGAGAUGGCCCCCGUGGCCACAAUUGUCGUGUGGCACGUGGGCCACAACGCGGAUCUAACCGUGGACACUUUGACAUUCCCCGUUAACGGAAUCAGUCGAAAUAAGUUCAAAGUGUUCAUCAACAACAAGAAAGCCCGAACGGGUCACAAAGUGGAAGUGGCUAUUUACGGCGAACCGGGUUCUUACGUGGGAAUAUCAGGAAUCGAUCGUUCGUUUUACACGAUGCAAGCCGGUAACGAACUAACAUACGCGAAAGUUAUUUCGAAAAUGUCUACAUUCGACGAAGCCACCAACGGCACCCACAAACACCUCUGGUUCUCCCACGAAGGUUACCCCGAUGAAAUAGUACAUUUUCCGAGUAACACCUUCGGCAUCGACGCCAACAGAACGUUCGAGUUCGCCGGUCUGGUCGUCUUCAGCGAUUUCGUUUUACCCAGAAGGCCUAUAUUCUGCAAUGCCACGCUGGGAUACAGCGAGUGCCUCAACGGGCAAUGUUACAGGACGCGCGCGAGAUGCAAUUACCAGAACGAUUGCUCCGACGGUUCCGACGAGCUCGGAUGUAAUUACGAGAACGCGACGGAUUUGAUGAUGUUCCGCAAAUACAGAUUCAACAGGAUCCAAAGGCAAUACGAAAACGUUUGGGUGUGGAAAGACGUCAACAUCGGUCCUCAUGGACGGUACAUUUUUAAUAUACCCGUACCGGCCAGACCUGCUCAUUGGAUGAUAUCCGCGUUCUCUAUGAGCCCAUCGAGCGGGUUCGGUAUGCUACACAACGCUAUAGAGUACGUCGGAGUGUUGCCGUUCUUCAUCAACGUAGAGAUGCCUACUAGAUGCAUGCAAGGCGAACAGAUCGGUAUAAGAGUGUCGGUUUUCAACUACAUGACCGACGAUAUCGAGGCCACCGUAGUAUUGACCAGCUCGCCCGAUUACAAGUUCGUGCACGUAGAAGAAAACGGAGUUGUUCGAGCGUACAAUCCGCGUACUUCUUACGGCGAACAUCAAUUCUUCAUUUACAUAAAGGCUCAAGAUGCUGUUGUUGUGUACAUUCCGAUAGUUCCGCAACGAUUAGGCGAAAUCGAAGUUACUAUUUACGCCACUGCUCUUAUAGGAAAAGACCAGAUCACUAGGCAAUUGUUGGUUGAGUCUGACGGUCUCCCGCAAUACAGGCAUCAAUCGAUGCUGAUCGAUCUGAGCAACAGAGCCUACUCCUUCCAAUACAUGCACGUCAACAUCACCGAAACCCCCAUAAUUCCCUACGAGUACGAUCGUUACUACGUGUACGGUUCGAACAAGGCCAGAAUAUCCCUCGUAGGAGAUGUAGUUGGUGCAGUAUUCCCGACGAUGCCCAUGAAUGCCACUUCGUUGCUCAGCUUACCAAUGGAUUCCGGAGAACAAAACAUAUUCUCGUUCGCGGUGAACAUGUACACUAUAUUGUACAUGAGGUACACUCAAAUACGGAACAAAACUCUCAGCCGGCAGGCCUUCCACUAUCUGAACAUCGGCUAUCAAAGGCAACUCUCGUUCAUGAAACCCGACGGAUCUUUCGGUACAUUCAGAAGCGAUUGGAAUCAAUCGGUUUCAUCGGUGUGGUUGACGGCGUACGUGGCGAGGAUAUUCCAAGAGGCGAGUUUCUACGAAUGGGAGAACUUCAUCUACAUCGAUCCCGCCAUCAUCGCCAAAUCGGUGGAUUGGGUGCUGCAGCACCAGAGCGGCAACGGCGCCUUUUGGGAGGAGGACUGGUUGCCGGACAGGAAGUACAAUUCGACGUUGAAUUUCGAAAACGAUCCCAUCAGGUACAGGAACAUCACGCUCACCGCUCACGUUCUCAUCAUGUUGGAAUCCGUGAAAGAUUUGACUAGUGGUCUCAGUUCAAAGGUAGCCAUAGCGGCGAAGAGGGCGAUCGGGUGGCUGGAGCAAAACAUGGAGUUGCUGAAAGAAAAAGGCUCGCCCUUCGAAGUGGCCAUCGUGGCCUACGCGCUAAUGAGAAGCAAGGCGGCCAACGCGGAAACGGCUUUCCUGGAAUUGUCGAGGCGGCAACGUCUAGAAGGCGGCCUGAUGUAUUGGGGCAGAGAAAGAAUACCCCAACCCCCAUACAAGAUAGAAAACCAACGGCCGUUCCUGCUGCCUCGGUUGCCUUACGAAUACGAUUCGGAGAAUAUCGAAGCGACCGCGUACGGGUUGAUGGUGUACGUGGCCAGGCAGGAGAUUUACGUCGAUAACAUCGUCAGGUGGCUGAAUACGCAACGGUUAACGGACGGCGGUUGGGCCUCUACUUCGGACACAGCGAACGCCAUGAAGGCUUUGAUCGAAUAUACGUCGGCGCAAAGGAUUCGAGAUAUAUCGAGCAUAUCGGUGACGGUGGAGGCGACGGCGUUGCCCGGAAAAUCGCAGGUGGUUUAUAUAAACGAGAAAAACUGGGCGAAUUUGCAGUACUUGGAUAUACCGAAUGCUUGGGGUACCGUUAAGGUGCAGGCCAAAGGUACGGGGUACGCCCUAUUGCAAAUGAGGGUGCAGUACAACGUCGAUAUCGAGAGAUUCCAAACCAAACCGCCGGUGACUUCGUUCGAUUUGUGGACCAGGCAGUAUUUCUACGGUAGAAAUCAGUCUCACAUCACUUACGUCAGUUGCCAGAGGUGGAAUAACUUGUACGAAUCCGAGAGAUCCGGUAUGGCUGUUCUCGAUGUAGCCAUACCGACCGGUUAUAUUAUACAGCAACAAGAUUUGGACGCUUACAUACUAUCGGAACGCGUGAGGAAUUUGCAAAGGGCAAGGUUCUUUGAAAGAAAAGUGAUAUUUUACUUCGAUUUCCUCGAUCAUGAGGAAAUUUGCGUUAAUUUUACGGUAGAAAGAUGGCAUCCUGUAGCUAACAUGUCGAGAUAUUUGCCUAUAAGAGUGUACGAUUAUUACGCACCAGAACGAUUCAACGAAACGAUAUUCGACGCCUUAUCAUCAUACGUCCUGGAUAUUUGCCAAGUGUGCGGCAGCAGUCAAUGUCCCUACUGCGACAUUUACAACGGCGCCACGGGCAUGUUUUUAUCGAUGUACGCCCUUCUGUUGGCCCUUUCACUGACAAUAAUUUCGUUUGUAAAAUUGUAAAUAUUUUUUCGAGAGUGCGGUAGGAGUUUUACAGUGCCUAUGUAAAAAGAUUAAGCUGAUUUUAUGGCAUUACGACGGGUUGUUUCGAUGCAAUUGUGGUGUUAUUUUCUCGAUUGUCGUUGAUGGGACGCAAAAACGUAUUUUUGUAAUGGAUUUUGAGAGUUAAGGUGCUUUGUAGAGACGAGAAAUUGGUAAAUUGCAUUUAAACGACCUGUUCAUUUCAGAUUUCACUAUGCCGUGAAAUAUUUUUAAGGUUGUAAAUGGAAUUUAUAGAUGCAUUUCACAUCAUAUCAGACCUAAGAUUAAGACUAAUUUUUUUUGUACUUUUUCCUCUUGUAUUUCGUGUGUUCGUUAUUUUAGAGAAACCAUUUUUUUACGUGUAUGUUCUAGUACAAAUUUGUAAUGUAACGAGUUUGACUAAACGAGAUCUUCUUAAUACCUAAUGCACUUAAAACCGAUUUAUUAGUCUCAAUAAAAACCGUCCAUUAGCCAUUAUCACUAACUUAGUUAGUGCUUAGAAGUAGUGAGAAAAAUAAUAUAUUUACCUUAACACGUUCGACUUAAGGGUGGAAUUCGAAGAGUACUUUUAGAUUUACGUUUUUUCAUAAUUUUGCUACCUUUUUUAUCGCGAGAACUUAGAAAAACUUAUCGUGUUGAACGCGUUAAAUAUUUGUAAUAGAUUAUUUUGUAAAGAUGUCGAGAUGAUCAUAUAACGUAGAUCUGAUGAUUUGAUAUUAUAUAAAUUUUUUACUUUUUAUUAUUUGAAUAUAAGUUUAGUGUUAGGAGAAGUUAAGUAGCUGAGUGAAGUUCUCGAUUAAGGACGUUUUUAUCUAGUCUAAAAUUGACAAUUUAACUUAAUUAUUGGGAAUUUCAUUAGCUGUUUCCGAGAGCAAAUUUGAACAAGCUAAUUAAGUGUAUUAUUUGUGAUCUUCAAGGCAUCUACUUUACGUUUUUUCUAUUUGUAUUUAAACAUUAAAAUAAAUUAUUUCGUUUUACUGUUUUACUCUAA